CUCAAAAAUGCCAAUCGACUACUCCAAAUGGAAGGAUAUCGAGGUUUCCGACGACGAGGACGACACUCACCCGAACAUUGACACUCCGUCGCUCUUCAGAUGGCGCCAUCAAGCUCGUUUGGAGCGAAUGGCCGAGAAGAAGAUGGAACAGGAGAAAAUCGAUAAGGAAAAGGGCACGACGAGCAAGAAGAUGGAGGAGCUCGAGAAGAAGCUUGCCGCAGCCGAUGUCACUGACAAGUCGGAUAUUCAGAAGCAAAUCGACGAGGUGAAGGCGCAAGAAGAAGCCUGGCGCAAGAAGGAGGCCGAACUCGAGGAGAAAGAGCGUCUGGAGCCAUGGAACGUCGACACGAUCGGUCAUGAGGCGUUCAGCACGUCGAGGAUCAAUAAGAUCACCGAGAAGAAGCCGCAAGCUCCCAAAACCGAUGAGGAGGACACUCAUGCGAUGAGCACUUUCUUCGAGACUCACGAGAGCCUUCUGGAGAAGAUGGCCGUGCUCAAGAACGGAGCCAAGUCGACGGAGCUGUUCCUGGCCGAGCAUCCGCAUAUGGCGUCGGAGUACACUGCAAAUUGGCUCACAAUUGAGGCUCUCAACGCCGCCAUCGAUUUUAAUGAGGAGAAAAUGAAGACGAUGGCUGAGCAAUGCAUCAUCAUUCAAUAUCUUCUGGAGCUCUCGAAAUCGCUGAACGCAGUCGCCACGAAUACCACCGUCCAGAAGCAAUUCUUCAAGAAGUUCGAAGCCGCCGAGCCGGUCUACAUGAAGCACUAUCAGGAUGAGGUGAAGGCGUUCGAGGAUCGUCUCAGAACACGUGCGCAGACGAAGAGAGACGCCGCGAUGGAGGAGGCUGAAGCCGAGGAGAAAGCCGAACGAAUGAAGAGUGCUCCGGGAGGAAUCGAUCCACAGGAAGUGUUCGAGCAGCUGCCGGAGGAGAUGAGAAAGUGCUUUGAGGCACAUGAUAUCGAGGCGUUGAAGGGUGUCGCCCAGAAAAUGGAUGAAGAGGUCUUCAAGUACCAUUUCGAUCGAUGCAUCGCCUCUGGACUCUGGGUGCCCGGAAAAGCUGACGACGACGACGACGAUGAGGAAGCUGCUCCAGCCGAGGAAGAGCCAACAACCAGCUCCUAAAUUUCCCCAUUAUUCCCCGUUUGAAAGUUCCCCUGAUCUACUUGUUUUUUCUGCACCGCACUUUACUUUUUCCCCAAGAUUCACUGAAAAUGGCCCAAUUAUUUCUUUAUUUAUUCUACACCCCCCACGACAUUUACUGUUUAUUUUCCCUCUCGAACACCUGUAAAAAAGUUUUUUUUUGCUUCGAGAAUCGUUCCACUUCGUAUUCAAAAAUUCCAAUUCGGAAUAGCAUAAAGAUUAUCAUCAUC